GCUGUUCGGUCGCUAGCAGCGUUCUCUGACGCUUCCCUCUUCUCUCCCCGCCUCCCGGCCUCCGCACGGACGCUGCCGGGGCGGGAACCGAGCCGGAGUCGAGCCGGAGUCGGAGCCGCAGAGACGUGGAAACAUGGAGGCCUGAGCCGGCGUGCGCCACCCCGGCUGCGGCGGCGACAGCGGCUUCUUCCGAUCUCUCUUUGCCACCCGCUUGCGUGUCGGCGGAGCUGGAAGCGGAUCUGCCCGCCGCCUGAGACAGGCUGUCUUGUGGAAAUGAAAGCUUAAGGACUAGUUAUCUACCAGAUUGGAAGAUGGGAUCGAACAGCAGCAGAAUCAGUGAUCUUCCUAAAAAUGAGUACUUAAAAAAGCUGUCGGGCACAGAAUCUAUCUCUGAGAAUGACCCGUUCUGGAAUCAGCUUCUCUCAUUUUCUUUCCCUGCACCAACCAGCAGCACCGAGCUGAAGCUCUUGGAGGAAGCCACUGUUUCAGUCUGCAGGUCUUUAGUUGUAAACAAUCCUCGAACAGGAAACCUUGGUGCGCUAAUUAAGGUCUUCCUUUCUAGAACCAAAGAACUAAAACUUUCGGCAGAAUGUCAGAACCACAUCUUCAUUUGGCAGACACACAAUGCCUUGUUUAUUAUUUGCUGUUUGCUGAAAGUGUUCAUCUGUGAGAUGUCAGAGGAGGAAUUGCAGCUUCAUUUCACUUACGAAGAAAAGGCUCCUGGCAGUUACAGUUCUGACUCUGAAGAUCUUUUGGAAGAAUUGCUCUGUUGUUUGAUGCAGUUAAUCACUGAUAUUCCACUCUUAGAUAUUACAUACGACAUCUCAGUAGAAGCGGUGUCAACGAUGGUGGUUUUCCUCUCUUGCCAGCUCUUCCACAAAGAAGUUUUGCGACAGAGCAUCAGUCACAAGUAUUUGAUGCGAGGUCGAUGUCUUCCAUAUACCAGCAAACUUGUGAAAACCCUAUUGUAUAACUUUAUCAGACAAGAAAAGCCACCCCCUCCGGGAGCACACGUUCUCUCACAGCAAUCUGAUGGCGGGGGACUGCUGUAUGGACUUGCGUCCGGAGUAGCAACUGGCCUCUGGACUGUCUUCACACUGGGCGGCGUGGGCAGCAAAGCAGCCGCCACUCCAGAACUUUCUUCCCCUCUGGCCAACCAGAGUCUCCUGCUUCUGCUGGUGCUGGCCAACCUGACCGAUGCUGCAGAUGCCCCGAACCCCUACAGACAGGCCAUCAUGUCCUUUAAGAACACACAAGAUAGCAGUCCUUUUCCCUCGUCAAUCCCACACACCUUCCAGAUUAACUUCAACAGUUUGUACACAGCUCUGUGUGAGCAGCAGACAUCUGACCAGGCGACUCUCCUCUUGUACACGUUGCUGCAUCAGAACAGUAAUGUUAGAACGUACGUGUUGGCUCGGACAGAUAUGGAAAAUCUUGUUUUACCAAUUCUUGAGAUUCUGUAUCAUGUUGAAGAAAGAAAUUCACACCAUGUGUAUAUGGCCCUUAUAAUCUUACUGAUCCUUACAGAAGACGAUGGCUUUAAUAGAUCCAUUCACGAAGUGAUAUUAAAAAAUAUUACUUGGUAUUCAGAACGGGUUUUAACCGAAAUUUCGCUGGGGAGCCUCCUGAUACUAGUGGUAAUAAGAACCAUCCAGUACAACAUGACAAGAACAAGAGACAAGUACCUUCACACCAACUGUCUGGCUGCCCUAGCAAACAUGUCGGCCCAGUUCCGUUCCCUCCAUCAGUACGCUGCGCAGAGGAUCAUCAGUUUGUUUUCCUUGCUGUCUAAAAAACACAACAAAGUUCUGGAACAAGCCACACAGUCCUUGAGAGGGUCACUGAGUUCCAAUGAUGUUCCUCUACCAGAUUACGCACAAGACCUAAAUGUCAUUGAAGAAGUGAUUCGAAUGAUGUUAGAGAUCAUCAACUCCUGCCUGACAAAUUCUCUUCACCACAAUCCAAACUUGGUGUAUGCACUGCUUUACAAGCGAGAUCUCUUUGAACAGUUUCGAACUCAUCCUUCAUUUCAGGAUAUAAUGCAAAAUAUCGAUCUGGUGAUCACCUUCUUCAGUUCAAGGUUGCUGCAAGCUGGAGCCGAGCUCUCCGUGGAACGGGUCCUGGAAAUCAUCAAGCAGGGGGCCGUCGCGCUGCCCAAAGACAGGCUGAAGAAAUUUCCAGAACUGAAAUUCAAAUAUGUGGAAGAGGAGCAGCCUGAGGAGUUUUUUAUCCCCUAUGUCUGGUCUCUGGUCUACAACUCAGCAGUAGGCCUCUACUGGAACCCACAGGCCAUUCAGCUCUUCACAAUGGACUCCGACUGAGGGCAGGCCACCGCCUCACAGCCUCCCCCCCUCCAGCCAAGCAGCCCUUCUAGCUGUUUUCUUUCCGGGGGACAGAAGUAGACAGAUUGCCUGGUGCGUCUUCCAUCAAAGAGAAUCACACGGGCGUGUUUCCCUUACACACUUGGAUUUGGAGAAUCGGUGCCCAGUUGGCAAUAGAUCACUCAGCUUAGAUUGUAGUGCAAAAAAAUGGUGGGGGGGGGUACCCGACGAUAAUAAAUGUAAAAAACCUGCUAUUCCA